AAAAGGGCUCAGCAGGCAGGAGCACUCCCAGUCAAGUGAUUUUGGAUUUCUCUUUUUCCUAAUCUCCCCAUUUUCAGACAACUUUCAGUUUCCAGUACUUCCCUUGCUUCUCAGUCUGCCUUCUCUUGCUGCACACAGACCCAGACUGCAGGCACAGCCCACACCAUCCAGGACCCCAACUGUGUGAGAAGGAGGAGGGAGGAGGCUCUUCAAUCUGGUAAAGCCACAGUGUCUGGAUUGGCCAGGGAAAUGUCAGAGACAGAACUUCCAACCAGCCUGACCUUGAAGACAAUGGAGAUCCCAGCUCUUGGUCGACCCUUACACCUGGGGACACUGUAUGACUGUCGCUCAGAUACUUUCAUCCCUGAACACACCCAGAGCACUUUGUUCUGAUAUUAUCUGAUGGCGAAUUCCAGCCAGGAAUGGUGAGGGAUGUUUGAGGAGGGCAGGGUAAGGGUCUCAUUCACCCUUGAAGAGAGGAGGUCAAAAAGAGAAGCAAUCUUCCCAAGAUCUAACAAAAAGAAGACUGAGCUAUUAAAAAACACCUUUAUUCAUAGAUGGGGUCAGAGUCUUUGGUAUCACUUUGUGGGACAGGGAGACCCUCAAGAAAGAUGUGACAACAGAAGAACAAUACAAGACUGACUUUGACAUCAUCACCUCUGACUCUAUUCAUGACAAGACCAAUGUCAUGAAUGUCUCUGGGGAGCUGAAAGCAAGUGUCCUGGGGGGGCUGGUUAAAAUAGGAGGCUCAGCCAAAUAUUUGUGUGACACCAAGACAUCCCAACAGCAAGCCCAGGUCACUCUCAAGUACAGUAUCACUACGCAGUAUUCCCAGCUAACAAUGAACCACCUGGGCUAUCAGAACAUCUCUUACCCUGAAGUAUUUGAUAAAGGAACAGCCACCCACGUGGUCACAGCAGUGCUCUAUGGGGCCCAGGCUUUCUUUGUGUUUGAUCAGAAAGUUUCCAGUCAUGAAAAUGUCAGGGAUAUAAAAGGAAGAUUGAAGGCUACAGUAGAGAAGAUUCCUAAAAUGGCAGGAAAAGUAGGCGGAGAGAUGAAAAUGGCAGACAGUACAAAAACAUCAAGCAAGGAGUUCAGGUGUAAGUUUUAUGGGGAUUUUGUCCUUGAGACCAAUCCAGUGACUUAUGAAGAAGCAGUAAAAGUCUAUGCAUCCCUUCCUAAGCUGCUUAGGGGCCAAGGGGUGCCCCUCCAGGUCUGGCUGUACCCUCUGGAGGAACUGAGCCCCAAGGCUGCCAAGUUGGUUCGAGGGAUCAGCAUUAGCUUGGUAUGUGAUGCCCAGGACAUUCUGGAGAAGUUAUCUGAGUGUGACAAGAGGUGUAAUGACAUGCUGGAGGCACCAGGCCUCUCAGUCUUUUCUGUAACUAAGGAAAAGAUUAGGCUAUUCCAAGAGCUAAAUAAGCAGCAUAGACAUAUUUUACAGAAUAAUAUAGCCAAAGUCUUACCCAGGAUCCGGGCAGGUAGAGCAGAAGAAGAUGAGCUAACCAGGGUUUUAACUAGGGAAAGCCAGUCCCCAUUCAGCUCUAGGAGGCUCUCAGAAUUCCUAGAUCAGAAGCUCCAGGAGAUGAAGGUGGUAAAUUCCUACCUCACCAUCCUGAAGCAGGUUCGAGUCACAGCUGACCAGAGUGAGUUGAACAGUGUGGUACUAGGUUCUCCUCAGAGAUUUGUUCUGGUGUUCGCACUCACCUCCUUGCAGGAAGAACCCUACUUAGCAGACUGGAAACAGUGGCUUCAGAAUCCAGCAUCGUUCAAUCAUAACUGGGAGCAAAGGACAUACUCCUCGUGGGUGGAGGACACAGAGACAAGGAGAAAAGCAAUACGAUUGGCAGAAUCCUUCUCAAUGUUUGCCAAGGUCAAUCAUUCAUCUGAGAAGACUCAAUUCAUCGUGGCCUCUAUCCCAGACCAGGAGAACAAGGGGGUUUCCAUUUACCUCUAUGAAAAGGGACUGCAGGUCAGCACCAACUUUGAGCUUCCAGCCAAACCUUCCCCUCCUGAGAUUUGUAAGGUCACACAUGACUGUGUAGAGCUCGCACUAACCACAGCAUCUGGGAAGGAGGAAAGGACCACAGGCUCUCAGGUAGAAUACAAGCUUGUGGGGAAAGAGGACUGGACCCCCAUUCCUGUGUCUGAAAAGCCAGAAAUAUUCAAAGUGAAUGGCCUCAAGCCUUGCACAGAGUAUCAGUUCAGGCUGGCUGAGGUGUGUGAGCAAGGGCUCAGUGAGAUGAGUGAUGUGAGCCCUGCUGUGAGGACACUUUCCCCAACCAGCCCUCCUGGGAAGCCAGAAGCUCUUGUGGUGGGACCACAGUCUGUAACUCUGUACUGGCAAGGUCCAAGUGUUGUUGGAGCAGGAGUCAAGAUCAAGGAAUAUAGAAUAGAGUACAGAGAGGAGACUGAGGCUGUGGGUGAGGAGGGAGAAGGAGAAUGGCUUGAAUACAGAACAUCAAAUAACCAGAAGUACUGUGACAUUGAGGGACUGACCCCUCAGACUGUGUACAGGUUCCGAGUUUCUGCUGUGUGUGAUGGUGGCUGGACCAGUGAGAGCAGUGACAGGAGUGACCCCGUGAGGACCCUCUCUACUACAAAGGAAGCCACAGUCUCUGUUCCAGACAAUGGGGAGCCAGAACUCAGAAUUGUCCUUGUGGGGAAAACAGGGGCUGGGAAAAGUGCAACAGGAAACACCCUCCUGGGCAAGAGAGAGUUUGAGUCCAGGUGUUCAGCAAUGUCAAUCACCAAGGUCUGCAAGAAAGCCAGGACCACAUGGAAUGGGAGGAACAUUGCUGUUGUCGACACUCCAGGCAUUUUUGACACUGACACCAAAGAGGAAAAAAAUUUGAAGGAAAUAGCUCGUUUCAUGACAGUGUCCUCUCCAGGACCACAUGCUCUACUCCUGGUGCUGCAAGUGGGUCGUUUCACCAAGGAGGAGAAGGAAGCUGUUGAAAGGCUUUAUACUAUUCUAGGAACUGAAGCAGUGAAGUUUUUGAUUAUUGUAUUCACUAGGAAAGACGACCUAGGAGAUGAAAGUAUAAGGGAUCACUUAGGAACCAUUAAGGACUUAUAUUUCAGGGAGUUAUUGGAGAAGUGUGAACACAGAUGCUGUGCAUUUGACAAUAAAGCUCAUGGAGACCAGAGAGAUGCUCAGGUUUCAGAGCUGAUGGACAUCAUUUAUAAAAUGGUGGAAGAAAAUGGGGGCACCCAUUACAACAACAAUGUAUAUGAAUGUGUGGAAGCAUUCCUUCAGAAGGAGACAGAGAAUCGUCAGCAACAGUACUGGAAGGAGUUUGAAAGGAAGAGGGAAGAAAUCACAAAAAAAUGGGAAAAGGAAAGAGAACAGCUUGAGAAGAAAAAAGAAGAGUUUAGUAAGCAAAAGGAAGAAUAUGAGAAGAGACAGCAGGAGAAUGAAUUUAGGAAAAGGAAAGAGAUUGAAGAAGAGGAAGAGAAGUUGAAAAGAAAUUGUCAGAGGGCCAGGGAGGAAGUUGAGAAUGAUGAGGCUUUCUUUUGGAAAUAUCUGAAGUGGAUUUGGGAUGAAUUCAAGAAAUUGUGGUGGUGACCCAACUGGGUGAAGAAAUCUAUUUAAUCUGGGCAGUAAAUGAACCUAACAUACAUCAGAAUUGUCUCAAAGACCUCAAUCUCAUUAGAAUUGGCUCAAGGAAGGAAUAACAUACAUACUCAAUUGGGUAGAGUAAUGUA